AUGGUUGUGGAGUACCAAUCCAUGUGCAGCAAUCCAGUCUCCAACUAUCUUCCCUUUCCUGUCCUCUCUACGGAAGCAGCUCUCGUGAUAUCUGGAACAGUGCCCAUCAAGCUCCAGGUAGAAAAAAGAAUAGCGAAGCGGAAAGGAGUUCUGUAUGAAGAAGAGCAUUACACCAGACAGUGGCAGGAAGCGUGGUCACAAGACACUGGAAAGGCAGCAUGGACAAAGAGACUAAUCCCUGACAUUAGACCUUGGAUCAGCAGAACUCAUGGACAGUGCAGUUAUUAUCUAACCCAGGUACUGAGCGGACAUGGGUGCUUUGGCUACUAUAAGAGACGCUUUGCUCUGAGCGACACAGAUGCCUGA